UGGAACAGUCCUUAACCUUGUCUGCAACCUCGUCUCUCUCUCUCUCUCUCUCGAUCGAGUCGGGGCUCUCCGACGCCGCCUCCACGACGAUCGAUCCGGUCAGUCACCGAGUCACCGGCCACCUCCGCCUCAAGUCACCAGAAACCCCAAGGAAAGGAAGAGUUGAUAUGGCUGAUACGAGAAUGGCGUUCGUGAGUGAGGAGGAGAAACAGUUAGCGGGACCGGAACUCAUCAACUCCUCCCAGACAAAAUCCAACAGGAGACUUGAGUCGUCUCGUCCUGAUGGCGAUAAGAAGAAGAAAUCCAAAUUGGAUGGUGAUAAGAAGAAAAAAUCCAAAUUGGAUGGUGAUAAGAAGAAAUCCAAAUUGGAUGCUGAUAAGUUGAAACCAGAAAUAGAUUAUGAUAGUUUUGAUUAUGAUAAUUUUCCAGUAAAGCAGUGGAUGCAAAUGUUUCGCAAGUUUACAUCCCUAGAGAUGAUGGAUUACCAAAGGAGGCUCCUAAAGAGCGGGGGGUUUGAUGUUGGGGAUAUUCCCAAUAACAUACAUCCUCGGGAUGCACGCAUCACACCAGUUCGGUUGGAUGAUUCCGCUGGAGAUGAGCAAUUGAAGGAGCUCGAGAGUUAUUCAAAGUUGGCUCUUGACCAGUACAACCAUAACAGUAAAACGAAGUACCUUUUUGUGAAGUUCCUCAAGGCGAACUACAGCCCCCACGCUUAUGAAUAUAAGGAGUAUUACUAUAUUACCUUUCAGGCCAAGGAGGUUGCCUGUUCUGAGCAUUCUCUCCCUAAGAACUUUCAAGCUCUCGUUGCUGCUGGUGAGGAUGAGGCAACGGUUGAUUUUUGCAGGCCUGAACCAUGAUUCUAAUUUCGAACUAGUCCAAGGUACUUUUUGUCUGAGUCAUCUGUUUAUAUUGUAGUAGUUGGAUUGUUGAUGGUUUCAUACUUUUAUGUUACCUCCCUUUUCUUUUUCUUUUUAUGUUUGACACUUGUGCACUUCUGCUGGUUUUUGAAUGGAUACCAUGGCUUUGAAAA